GAAAACGAUUUCCAUUUAAAAAGAACAAGAAUUUGGUCUCAACCAUAAAAUGGAGUGUAUGCAAGUUCAUGAUCAGCGUAAAUUUUAUGUCGGUUUAGUCAUGUAGUCAUGUCAAGCACUAUGAAAUAAGGAGCUUUGAAAUGUUCCACAUGCAUUGAAAUUAUUCGUAGGAUGUUUGGUAUGGAAUGGUAUGCAUCGCUCCAUGUUUGGGUAUAGCCCAUAUAUAAAGGUACCUUCUCAUUUUCGAUAUUCCAAAUUAGUUGUAAUUUGAUAUUACCGCUGCUUUUGAAUAUAUUCCCUUGUCUCAAAAAAUUAUCAAUGUUGGUCCACUUUUUGAUGAAGCCCCCAUAUAAAUGUACCUCCUGAUUUCGGAGAAUUCAGUCCCUAUAUAUCGUGUCUACUCAUCUGUUGAAAUCAAUUUAAAGUUCGUACUAUCCAAUUAUGUGGCUUUGGAAUGUUCCAAUUGCGUUGAAAUUAUUCCCAGGAUGUUUGGUAUUGAAUGGUAUGCAUCGCUCCAUGCUUGGGUAUAGCCCAUAUAUAAAGGUACCUCCUGAUAUUCCAAAUCAGCUGUGAUUUGAUAUUACUAUUGCUUUUUGGAUAUAUUAACUCGUUUCCAAAAAACUAUCAAUGUUGGGCAACUUUUUGAUAUAGCUCACACAUAAAUGUACCUCCUGAUUUCAGAGGGCUCAGGAUUGUAGGAGUCAGCCUCUAUAUUUAAAAAAGUGCCUUCUAACUUUCACUAUUUAUUGCUUCGGUUCCCAAAUCAACCGUUGUUUAACAUUUCGACUACUCAGUAGGUAGUUCAACUCCUCGCUAAAAACGAUCAAUGUAAGUCCAUUUUUGGUAUAGGACCCAUAAAACUGUAUCUCCGGAUUUUCGGUAUGUUGGAGCUGCAAAACCAUAUUCCGUGUGCUUUUUGGUUAGAUUAACUUCUCUCAAAAAAUAUGCGAUGUUCUUUCACUUUUUGAUAUAUCCCCCAUUUAACUAUACCUCCUGAUUUUUCGAAAUGUCCACCCAACUUCCCAUUCAACUCAGCUGUGAUUUGAUAUAUUGAAUUCUUUGUGGGUUGCUUAAUCUUCUUAAAAAACAUGCAAUGUAGAUCCACUUUUUGAUGUAACCCCCAUGCAGAGGUACCUCCAAAUUUUCGAUAUCAUUUUGAAGGUUUCAGCCUCCAUUUUAGAUUACUUAGUCUCAAUGAAUAUUCAAUGUAGGUACACUCCUGAUUUGAAGUUUUCUACCGCAAUUUCCAAUGAAAUCGACUUUAAUUUGAUAUUUGUGGCUCUUAACCCCUCAUCAGAGGUUUUCACAAAUACCCUUUCCCACGAAGAUUGUACUAGAUUUUCCAAUUUGUCAGUUAAAACACAGUUGAGGCUUUUUGUUUUCAUUUAAAGGGGAUGAUUUGAAUAAAACACCUGAACAGUACCUCAAAACAACCCCAACAACAUUUCAAAACAAUUUCCACAAAAUUCCUUUGUAUUCUCUGCGUUUGUCUUCUUAUGAUGGCAACCCUUAAAAUAAACCCCCCAAAAAAAGCUUAAACAUCUCCUCACAAGCUUUCCACCCCCUAACUUGUUAGCAUAACAAAGCCACCCUUUUUCGCCCAUACUCAAACAGGGGCACUCAACAACUCAUUAAAGGAAAAUUUUUUGACUCAUACAGUUUGUUAGACGAAAAUAAAGGAAAACAAAAAAAUUAAUCUUUUAGCCAACAUAUUUCAAGUGAUAUUUUCAUAUAAUAAUCAAUUUUACAAAUCAAUAGUUUCCUAAAAUAAAAAAAAUAUUGUCAGUACCUUAAAAAAAAAAAAAAAGAAAACUUAAAUAAAAAAUUAUGACCACUUGUGACUUGUAUGACGUCUGGUCCAAGGCCUGCAAUCAUUAUGAUUUGCCCGAGGCCAGCAUACUUUCCUGGUAUGAACGCAUCCGCAGCAAAUUAAGCGAGGCAGACAGUAAACGUGUCUAUCACAAUUGGUCAUUUAUGUUGGCCCACAAAUGGCCCGAAUUGGAGCAUGCCAAGCCGCACAUUGUGCUGGCUGCAUUUUUCCAAUACUAUGAAUUUGAUUUACAAAAAAAUUGUGUACAAGAAAAUUGUGAAAUAUUUCGGGAAUUUUGUCGUGAUGCCAUGGUCGAGGAUGAUGAUAUGAAACAGAUUGUCUGUCGUUUGUUGGGUGAGCAGAGUAGCGAACCAAUAACCUCAGACAUUGAUGAGGAUAUGGCCAUAUUACAGGAUUUGGAUUUAUUGAUACUGGCUUCCUCACCCGAUGUGUAUAAAAACUAUGCCGAAUUGUCACGUCAGGAAUGGUUAAAUGCUGGCAAAAGUAACUAUGAAGAUCUGAGACGUAAGACUUUAAAUGCCCUCCUGGCCUUGGACAUCUAUCAGACACCUGAAUUUAAUACCAAAUAUGCCAAAGCAGCACGUUCAAAUAUUGAACAGGAAUUGAAAGAGUUAGAAAAUUGUUAGAGAAAAAGUUACUAUCGAGAGUUUUUUGUCUUCUCAGCCUUCGUUUCUGUACUUAAGCGAGGGAUAAUGUUCCAUGCGGUUUUUUUUGUAGAAUAUUUAUUUUGGAGCAAAGCGUUUUUUUUUUUUUUUUUUUGGUUAUUGUUCAAUAUUGUACCAGGUUAAAAGUUUUGAGAAAAAAAAAAACAUGCUUCAUUUCAUGUGACAGAAUCUUCGUAAACCAUAAGAUUUUUUUGUUUAUUUCAUUACCCUGAUUAUAAGACUUUUUAAUGUCAAGCAGACUUCCCGAAAUCAUUGUAAGCUACAAAAAAUUGCACUGUGAAAUGGUAAUGUGCCAGAAUGAGAGAGUAGAUCUUCCCAGCAGAAAUACAUAUUACAAAUCCGGUUACUAACCUAUUGAAUCAACAAGGUCAUGUCCCACGAAAUGAGUAGUAGUUUUCAUGCUGAUAAAAUUCAAUAAAUAAUUGACAUUAUUAGGGCCAAGAAAUAGCUAUUUCGCACUACAGGCCCUUGUUGAAGACAUCAAAUGUAUAAUAAGUAUUUUUACUAGAUUGCUUUCAAAUAAGUCAAUCGGGAAAGUCGCCCAGCUUUUAAAAAUCCCAAAAUCCAUUUAAAUUUUAAAUAUGAUCUAAAAUUUUACAUUUUUACCUCCAUACAAAUUGGCUUUCCCUUUCUAUAAAACACCAAAAUCAUAAAAAUCCCAACGUCAUUUGUCCGUCCAUUGUUUAAUUGGUUUUUAUACUGCGAAAUUAAAUCUAGGAAUUAUAGCAAGAAAUUGGAUUAUUAUUUUUUAUAUUGAAGAGUUUUCAUAAAUAUUCAGGUCUUUUUUCAUAAUUCUCCCUAUCUUAUACUGAUUUCAUGUGUCUAUCUAACUAAUCCAAAACUGACAAUAACAUCGCAAGGGCAAAUCUGCCUUCUUUCUCCUAAAAGAAGUUCAUCUUCAUCUUGAGGUACUGGUACAGCUUUCGUUUUGAUGAUGACAACUAUAUAUAUUUAUGUAUUUAAAAAACUGUGUUCUGCUUAAUAAUAAUGUACUACAAAGACGUGUAAUUAUAAAUGCCAACAAUAUUCGAGACAAAUAUAUACACCUACCUACACCUCAAA